ACUGCCCAAGUCAUCUGUGCAGAACUGGAGUGUGGCAAAGCAGUGUCUGUUAUGCGGAAAGUGCCUUUUAAAGAGAUCAUCCCACAGGUGUGGGCUGAAGAGUUUCAAUGUGAGGGACAGGAGCCUGAGCUCUGGUUCUGCCCUAGGGCACCCUGUCCUGGAGGUAGCUGCCAGAACAAUGGAGCUGUUGAAAUUGUUUGUUCAGAGUUCAGCGAAGUCCGGCUCAGGAAGAACAGCACCUCCCACUGUGAGGGUCAGGUGGAGGUGAACACCUCUAUGGGAUGGAGAAUGCUCUGUGCCUCCCAGUGGAGUAUGGUCAAUGCCCAUGUUGUAUGUCGCCAGUUGAGCUGUGGAGUCGCUAUCUCCACCUCAAAAAGAGGAGCAUACUUUGUGGAUGGUGGUGGUGAGGUUCAGAAAGUCCGAUUUUACUGCUCGGGGUCCGAGUCCUUCCUAUGGAGUUGUCCUGUAAUUGCCCUGGGUGUUCCUCCCUGUGCCCAUGGGAACACAGUCUCUGUGGUCUGCUAAGGGAGUCAGACCCAGCUGCUGCCCCAAAGCAAUGACUCCCAGUCUGACCCAGCAAGCCCUGCAGCCUCAGAGGGCAUGGAUGCCAAAUCAUCAGAUAUCAGACAGCUGCGCCUCAUGGAUGGGGACAGUCACUGUUCAGGGAGAGUGGAAGUCCUGCAUCAGGGCUCCUGGGGCACCAUCUGCGAUGACAACUGGGACCUGAGAGAUGCCCACGUGGUGUGCAGACAGCUGGGCUGUGGAGUGGCCCUCAAUGCCACGGUGUCUUCUCACUUUGGACAGGGAUCAGGGGACAUCUGGCUGGAUGAGUUGAACUGCACAGGAGAGGAGACUCAUGUGUGGAAGUGCUCUUCCCAGAGCUGGGGGCAGCAUGACUGCUGGCACAAAGAGGAUGCAGGGAUCAUCUGUUCAGAGUUCCUGGCCCUCAGAGUGGUGAGUGAGGACCAGCAGUGUGCUGGGUGGUUGGAGGUUUUCUACAAUGGGACCUGGGGCAGUGUCUGCCGCAGCCCCAUGGAAGACAUGACCUUGUCAGUGAUCUGCAGACAACUUGGUUGUGGGGACAGUGGAACACUCAAUACUUCUGUACCUGCCAGGGAAGGUUCUAGACCUCACUGGGUGGAUGGAAUACAGUGUCAGAAGACUGAUGUUUCUCUCUGGCAGUGUCCUUCUGACCCUUGGAACUUCAGAUCUUGCCUUCCAAAGGACGAAGCUUAUAUGACAUGUGCAGGGCAAAGACCCAAGAGCUGUCCAGACUCUGAACUCUGCACAGAGAGAGAAAAGCUGUGGCUCAGGGGCGGAGACAAUAAAUGCUCAGGGAGAGUGGAAGUGUGGCACAAAGACUCCUGGGGCACAGUGUGUGAUGACUCCUGGGGCCUGGCAGAGGCCGAGGUGGUGUGUCAGCAGCUGGGCUGUGGCCCUGCCCUGGAUGCCCGGGGAAAGGCUGCAUUUGGCCCAGGAAAUGGAAACAUCUGGCUGGAUGAAGUGCAGUGCAAGGGACGGGAGUCCUCCUUAUGGGCCUGUGCCAGGGCACCCUGGGGACACAGCGACUGCAAGCAUGAGGAAGAUGCGGGUGUGAUGUGUUCAGGUGAAAAAAUGACCAUUCUCUCCACUCCUUUAAGCACCAGUUCAGUUCCAGCCCUUGUCCCUGGAAACUUCUCCUUAUAUAAGAUCCUCUGCAUCAUUCUGGCAACUCUUCUUUUGCUGAUCCUUAUUAUCUUGGGAACUCAUCUGGGAAGAUGGAGAGCAGGACAUCAAGCCUUAACCACUGAAGAUAUUGUUGAAGAGGCCUUGUAUGAAGAGAUAGAGUACCUUGUGAAGGCAGGGAAGAUAGAUCUGCUGGACAAAGCAGGAACUGUGACUCAAGACUCAGAUGAUAAGCUGCCCUAUUACACAAGAGACAGUGAGGAAGAUGAAGAUGAUGAAUCUGAAUCAGGUAGCAGUGCUAUGUACUCUAUUGGCUGGUUGGCUGAGCAGGAGUAA